AAAAAAAAAAUUAUAUUGAAAGCAGAGCAAAUUCUCUUUUCUUUAGCAAGGAAGGACUAUAUUGUAGUGGGAGAAAACUAAAACCUCGAGUUCCUCAAAAAGCAUCUGAAAAUCUUGUUUGUUUUCCCACUUAUUGCCAAAUCUUGUUCCCCAAAGAUUCAAACUCAGAAUCAGUCCUCCACAUGAAAAGGGUCACCCACCCAAAGCACACACCCUCCUUUUUAAGUUCAUCACUCUCUCUCUCUCUCUCUCUCUCUCUACUUUUUUAUCCACCUCAUAACUUACUCUCUAACUAUAGCCCACCUCAUCUACUUCACUUCAGUGUUAUACUACUCUGUGACACCUGAUAUACCCAGAAAUCUUCUGUUUCUUGUUUUUCUUUUUUCUUUUUGCAGCUCAAAUGUUUGAAGCUGGGCUUCAUCACCUGUUUUGUGAAUCACCCAUCAGACCUUUUCAAGGUAUGAGCUCCGGAAAACACUACUGUUUUGGAAGAUUUAAUUGUGUUUUAGCAUUGAUUUUAUGGCUGGGUAUUGCUUUUGUUGGGUUUUGUGAUGAGUUAUUAAUGGUCUCAGUGCCUCUUGGUUUUGAGAUUUCUGGUUUUGACAAAAAUGGGAAUUGGGUGUCUGAAAAUGGAGUUUUUGCAUUUGGGUUCUUGGAGAAAGAUGGUGGUGAUGACGAUUAUGGUGGGUUUCUGGUUGGUAUUAGGUAUAACUUCGGAACCAAAGCUGCAAAUAUCCCUGUUUGGACAGUUGGUGGGGGUGUUAGGGUUUCCAUGAACUCCACAUUUAGGCUUGCCAUGGAUGGGAGGCUGGUCUUGUUUGAAAACCCAAAUGGUGUGAUUGUUUGGAGUAGUAAUACCUCCAAUUUGGGUGUCCAAAAAGCUAGUCUUUUAAAUAAUGGUAAUUUGGUUCUUAUGGGUAUUGGAGAUAAGGUGCUCUGGGAGAGCUUCAAUAGCCCUACAAAUACUCUACUUCCUAGUCAGUCUCUCCAUUUUCCUCAAAACCUUAGAGCCCCUUCAACAAAAUCAGUUUCAAGCUACUAUAGUUUUGUGAUUCGUCGGUCUGGGGAGCUAGCUCUAGUAUGGGAAAGCAAUGUGACCUAUUGGAGGAGUCAUUUGAGCACCUCUUCCAUUGUCAAGGAAGCAAGGUUUGAUGCUAAUGGUGUUUUGGGGCUAUAUGAUGAUACCAACAAGGCUGUCUGGUCCAUAUCAAGUACAGAUGUCGGAGACCCUCAUGUGGUUUUGAGGCAUCUUAGGAUUGAUUCAGAUGGGAAUUUACGAAUUUAUGCGUGGGACAAUGUGCUUCAUACAUGGAGAGUAGGAUGGCAAGCAGUUGAGGACCAAUGUGAUGUGUUUGGUUCUUGCGGUUUAUAUAGCGUGUGUGGGUACAAUUUCACAGGACCUGUUUGUAAUUGCCUGUACUCAGAUUCAUUAACUGGUGGCCCUGCAGCGGAUUCAAGUGGUUCUGGGUGCCAGAAGAUGGUGGAUUUGGGAAACUGCAAGAUGCGUACAAGCAUGUCGGUUUUGAGACAAACUGUACUGUAUGGUCUUUAUCCCCCACAAGAUGUUGAUAUGAUGUUGAAUGAGAAAGCUUGCAAACAGUACUGCUUCAACGACACUACUUGCAUCGCUGUAACUUCAAAGAACGAUGGUUCGGGUCUCUGCACAAUCAAAAGAACUAGCUUUAUUAGCGGUUACAGCAGUCCAUCUGUUCCCGCAACUUCAUUCUUGAAGGUAUGUUCGGUUCCUCAGGCAGUUGCAACUCGAGGAGCUAACCCCAAUGGUAAUGCAGAAUCAAUGCCAAUGUCAUCUGGUAGAUUCAUAGCUCAAAGAGUUAACAUCAAGAAAUUUAUUCAAGCUAUUGUUUUAAUAGUUUUGGUGACUGUUUUGGUUGCCCUGGCCUUGGAAAUCCUUGUGGUUUGGUAUAUAUAUCACAGAAGGCAAGUUAAGGCACGGGCUAGGAUUCCCUUUGGGAAGGAUGCACAGAUGAACCCUCACUACAGUGUUCUUAUCCGGUUAUCUUUUGAAGAGGUAAAAGAGCUAACCGACAACUUUGCAAAUCAGCUUGGUUCUUCGACUUUUAAAGGCAUACUACCAAAUAAAGCACCAGUGAUUGCUAAGGUGUUGAACGAUGUGAUUGUGUUGGAGAAGGAUUUUCGAGUGGCAGUUUCGACCUUGGGUGGGACCCACCACCGGAAUCUUGUGCCUCUAAAAGGCUUUUGUUUUGAGUCAAGACACAAAGUUCUACUUUAUGAGUAUAUCCGGAAGGGCUCUCUGGAUAAGUGGCUUUUUAAUGCUAAACGGGACCAAAAUGAAGGGAAUUGGCAACAAAGGCUUGAUAUUGCUAUUGGAGUGGCUCAUGCCCUUGCUUAUCUACACUCAGAGUGUCAACAAUGCAUUGCUCACGGGAAUUUGAAGCUCGAGAAUGUCUUGCUUGAUGAGAAAUUGGUUCCAAAGUUGACUGGUUUUGGGAUUCGGAGCUUGCUCCAAAAGGAAGCAGCUUCUUCUUCUACUUCCGAGUCUCCAUCAGAGAGAGAUAUUUACAUGCUUGGAGAAAUGUUGCUGCAAAUUGUUACAUGCAAGAGGGAUAUUUUGGGAGAUAAUCUGGAUAAUAUAAUCGACAAUUUGAACCGAGCACAAAAGUUUGAGGCCAGUGAGGAGUGGAAAGGAGUGGAGAGAGUGGUUAGGAUAGCAUUGUGGUGUAUGCAAAAUCAACCAUUUUUAAGACCCUCAAUUGGGGAAGUGGUUAAGGUAUUAGAAGGUACCCUUUCAGUAGAUAGGCCCCCAUCGAGACAUGAGAAUCAGAUUGACAAUCGAGCCAUAUCAGAGUUAGAGGAAGAAGCUUAAAUGUAAGGUGACUUUAAUAUGGAGUCGUCGUGGAUUUCUUACUGUUUCAGGUUCUGCACCUUGGGGUUUUGACUAGGAUGUAGGAAUGCCCAGGAGUUCAAUUUUUUUUUUCUUGAUUGAACACUGGAUGUGUAAAAUCUUCUUAACUGUGUAAGCAUCAUUGGCAUUCUAAUGAAAAAAAGGAUUUUUUUUUUUU